AUGCGUCAGUAUCUCGAAUCGGAAGACGUGGUGCUGCACCCAUAUGCUCGUGCCUACGAUUUCAUGAAAACUUGGUAUGAAGAGAAUGCUGAAGCAAACCAAAGGCCCAGGGUUUUUGUCCCAACAACCACGAAUUACCUGUUUGGCGAAAUUUUCGCACCUUCGGCAGUGGUUGAGGGCAGUCCCGUGCAAGUUAUGAAAGGAGUCAAAAACGCUGUGGAACUGGGAGGUAUGCGGAAAUGCCACAUUCGCGAUAGUGCUGCAUUGAUAAGCUUUCUGAUGUGGUUGGAGUCCGAGUUACUUGAAGGGCGAUCCUAUAGCGAGAUUCAGUUGGCUUCGAAGGUUGACUCGGUGAGAGCUGCUAUGGACAAAUAUGUUGAUCUGAGGUAA